GUACGCAAUGUGAAUUUACCAUAACUCUCUGAUAGUAGGAAAUCCACACCACAGGCACAAGGUAAGAAAAAGAAAAGAAGUUUGUGCCGUUUGUGAGUGCUGCAUAUUAAACGUGUGCCUCUAGCAGUCUCUAUUGGAAUUGUUGAGAAUCCGAUAAUCGAACGAAAGGUUGGAUUUAUCAGUUUAUAUAGAAGGAAACCAUGCAUAAGAGUGGACCACCACCACCUUACGAACCACCACCUUAUGCACCACCUGCUUAUUCUCAAAAUGUAGGAGGCGUUCCUCCAGCUAGUCCAUUUACACCAGCACAAACUUAUGCAAACGGACCUACUAUAGUCACGACUAUUGUUCCAGUUGGGCCACAGUCGACUCAUACAAUUUGUCCACACUGCCAUGCUGAAAUAGAUACGGUGACAAAAACUGAACCUGGCAUGAUCGCUUAUAUCUCAGGUGUCAUCAUAGCACUGUUAGGAUGUUGGUUUGGUUGCUGCUUGAUUCCCUGUUGUAUAGAUGAAUGUAUGGAUGUUCAUCAUACCUGUCCAAACUGUAAAGCUUAUUUGGGCCGUCAUAGAAGAUAAAUGGAUUGCAUCCAUACAUUGCAUUUGAAUAUUGAAAUGUCUAUGAUAUACCACCAAUUAUAUACUAAACUCAAAUUUAACUUCAUACAUUUUAGGGGAUACCUCUAUAUGAAAGAGAAAGAAAGAUGUAGUUCCAAUUAGAUUCAGUUAAAUCUUUAUAAUGAAUGAUGCAUCUUUUUGUUUAUUCAAGUAAUUUUAUAGUUCUGUAUAAUUUUUUAAUAUAUACAUGUAGGGCGUAAAAUAUUUUAUUUUAAUUCGGUACGGUCGACUAUCUUAUGAAAAGCAUUUUCGAAAAUAAUAUUUCAGACAAAAAUUGUGUAAAGAGAAGAGGGGUAAAUAAUGACAAAAUCAAUCUUUGAAAAAAUGGAUUUUUCAAAGUUGUAUUGAAGGUCAUCGCCAUUUUUAAAAAGUGGAAUUGUAUGAUU